GGGAGGACGUUUACAAUGGCCCGCCAUUCUAGCAUAGGAAGACAUGUAGCCUCACCCAAAACUUUCGGAGUAUUGGGUCGGUCGAAUUAUCCUUAUUUGGCAGGUGCGAUAAAAUAAUUCGCGCCUCAUUAUCAUUAUCGUCCAGUAAAGGUGUCGGAUAUAUUACACGAGCGCCUAGUGUUACCGUCCCUGAACCGUAUCCGUUACACUCGCUCCUAUUCUUGAGCCUCAUGAUGCCGAUUGAGUCCCGAAGUCCUCAGUCACGUACCGUGAGGUUCUGCGGAGUAUCUCUUUAUUUCACCCGCGAACUACCGUACUUCUUUGACCGAAUCCCUAUCGCACGAGGAGCAUCAUAAUAGCGGACUGACGUGAAGUAUUAGGUACGUAUACUUACCAACUUAGGAAUAUGGAUGCGACCCAUAGCCUUGCCGCGUACGCAUAUCACAUCACUGGGGUGUGUCUUCCCGCUGCAUGUCUAGCCGCAUCUUUGGUGAUCGUGGUGGCUUCGUUGUUGAGGUGCAACGAUACUCGACAGCCGCCGCAGCUUAGGGAGGCAAUCCCAUCCCGUAUGUGUCUAAUAUCUGGAUAUACAUGACAAGUAAGAAGCGCUUUCUUGAGAAAAUAGAAAAGGCUCUUUUGGAUAGCCCUGUUGUAGGAUGCCAACUCGGGCCAGUGAAAGUAUACUUCGUCACUGGGGAGGCCAGCGUUUCGACUGUGCUCCGGGAAUCCUCUAUCAACCUUAUAUCUGAACAAUGGAUGCUACUCAUACUCAAGAAUGUAGCAGGCUAUACUGACGGAGACCUGGCCAAAUUGGCAGUGGAUGAAUCAGGUAUCGGAAAGGUACCGAUCCCGGGUAAAGAGUCUAUCCUAGCAGAAAAGCGUAUCUGCAUUUUUUCGAUGAGACACUUAGUGCCUUCAAAAUUCGCGAGUGGACUCAAAGUGUCUUUAUUUGACUUCGUCCGUCGUGAGAUGGCUUCGGCGUCGGUUUGCUCGGUAGUGGGAAAGCAUAUCUUGAAUCGCAAUCCAGAUUUCAUAGAUAUGCUGUGGGGGUACGAUGGCUAUGCUGAAAGCUUGGCAUUUGGUCUGCCAAGUUGGCUUAACAAAAAGGGCAUCAAGGUACGAGAAGACUUACGUGCCAUGUGCCUUGGAUGGUAUGAAGAAGUAGAGCAAACAUUGUCAAAAAAUGACAAGAUCAAGAUAAAUAGCGAAGCUGACAACCCAUUCGGAUCACAACUCUCGAAAGAGCUUGGAGAGUGGGCAAAGUCGUUUGAUUUCUCGAAAGAAAGCAUAGCAAGCGUCUACAUGUUCCUCUUUCUCGGCGAGGCUCAACAAAUUAGCUUGAAUACCAACACCAUUCCGGUCUGCACUUGGGCAUUGAUGGAAAUCAUUAGCGAUCCAGAUCUAUUCCGAGCUACGCGGGCAGAAGUCUCUCAAGCACUCGUUACGCAUCCCACAUCUGGAGAGCGGAAGUUUGACAUUCAGAAGCUAGCGUCGCUCCCUUUAAUCCAAUCUAUUUAUACAGAGUCCCUACGCCUCCACUUGAGUCUCAACCUUACCCGAACCGCUCUGAAGGAUAUCGCUAUCGCAGGUUACACAUUGCCAAAAGGGUGCACCAUCCAAGCUCCAAGUCAGAUCUCUCACUAUGAAGAGGCAGUCUGGGGGACACCAGACCAUCGGGCCUCUGAGUUCUGGGCUUAUAGACACGUGAAGUCGUCGAAGGCUAGGGAUGCGGGGACGAAAUCCGGCCAUACAUUAGAAUAUUCGAUCUCUGGCCGUGCGGGAUCAUUCUUCCCAUAUGGGGGCGGGGGAUAUACGUGCCCAGGACGGAACUUCGCAAAGCAAGAGAUCCUGCUAGCGAUAGCCAUGAUUGUCACCAGGUUUGAUGUCGAGUUCAUUGAGUGGACGAAAUUAGACGGAUCCCCAUCUCAGCGCCCCGCUCAGAACGACCCUAGGUAUGCUGGUGCUGGAUCUGUUCCACCAGACAGAGAGAUGAAGGUCAGAUGGAAAAGGCUAUGGUGA